AUGGCUCCCAAGGGUCAAGCGCAGCCGCCGUUCUCCAAGGAUGAGCGUGUUCUGUGCUUCCAUCACGAGAUGCUUUAUGAGGCCAAGAUUCUGGACAUUCAGCAGGGCGAGGCUGGUGAGGGAUGGCAGUACAAGAUCCACUAUAAGGGUUGGAAGAAUACCUGGGACGACUGGGUGCCUCAGGAUCGAGUGAGGAAGUUCACCGAUGAGAAUAAGGAGUUGGCCAGCCAGUUGCAUGCACAGAUGAAGGUGCAUAUGCAGAAGGGCUCAAAGCCAGUCAAGAAAGGACCCAAGGCGAAUGGCUCAGACUUCAGUUCUGCUAGAGGUAGCGAGGAGAGAACGGGGGCAACUACGACUACUGGGCGUGGUCCUAGGCGUCAGCGGGACUUUGACUUGGAGCAGGUGAGUGUUGGCACCCCUCCCAACCCCUUUCCUAUUGUCUUUGUGAAAACCUAUUGUGCGGGCGUACAACCUAUUGUCUGGGCACAAUAA